AUGAGGUGCACAAGUCAGUGGAGAGAAACCUUCGGAGCAAACGCCAAUAGAAAUUUUGUCUUAGUAGUUGCUAUCGUGUUUUUCUACACCUCCUUUGUCUUGUUGGCGAUACUUUACUCCGUCAUCCUGAUCAAGCUUAAAAGGCAAGCCCAUCCAGGUGAGGCAUCAGCCAACGCUGAGGAACAGCGGACAAGAAGAAUCAGAAACGUACUGAAGAUGGCUAUUGCUAUUAAUGUAGUGUUUUUCAUUUGCUGGAUACCAUUGUCCAGUAAGGGGAUGAUAAUCAUUUUUAGUGCACCAGAAAGUUCCAUUUGGUCUUCUUGUAGUUUUUAUCUGUACGAUCGUAUCACCUUGUCUAUGGCUUUGGUAAACUGUGCUAUCAACCCGAUUAUCUGCCUUAUUGUUUGUAAUAGCUAUCGCCAAGCUUUAAAGAGACUUGCGAAUCGCAGUAAUAAAGUGCAAAAUAAAUUUUUUUAAGACUAGCUAGAAGCCUGUUCUGAAGCGAUUCCAGAGAGAAAAAAAAAACGACAAUAUUUCGCAAUUAUUCCUCGAGCCCGGAUGCCUCGAGCCCGAAUUGACUCAGAGGCCAUGAGGGCGAGAGGAAUAAUUGUUUUAGUAAAAUCCAACUGGUUGGUCAAAAAUAUCGAGAAUAAAAAACUUUUAGCUAGUUUAAGUUAGAUUUUAAUCCUUUUUUGCCACAAAAAAACCGGCGCUUUUCGCUACUAUAAGCUAUAACAUACAGCCUAGUAUUAGCUCAACCAAUAAGAACGAAGCAUUGAUAGUAGACCACUAGUUGGAUUUUACCAAUAAAUAUAUAGAUUUAGCCAGGGCUAAAAGCGAAGCUCUCAUUAAUAAAUUUAUAUUUUAAAUCAAACAAUAAACUUGUAAUCCACAAAUCAGUUAACUUAAGGGCACAUUCAUGUGACUUUUGAGGGAAAGGAUAAGUUAUUUUAGAGUGAAACAUCUUACAUCGAGUUGAUAGCCUAAAUAUAUGUACACCCAAAAAAUAGCAAACAUCUUCUAUCACAUUCAAGAGCCAUAAUCGCUCUUGAUCACAGUAGAUUAGGCCUCGAAAACAAAUUCUUGGAAAACAAAUCAGGCCGCAUUUUUUUGCGUUCGACAGGUUUACUUUACAAAUUCUUGCCAACAAAUCUAAGGGUGUGUAAAGCAACUUUUUAUACUUUUUAUACUUCACAUCUGAGGUGAAACAGUACUUUUUAUCAUACAGACCUCGGAUAGAAUACGGCAUUUCACAAUUUUUUAAUGUUCAGGACGAUCAAUCGUGGGCUUUUAGCGAAACCGUUCAAAAAAUUUCAAAAAUCACUCAUACGGUCAGCCGGUUCUCAUUUUUAGUGCGAGCUGUCAGUGUGGUCGAGUGUUUGAAAGAACUUGAAUGGAGAUACGCUUCAACAUAAUAACGAAUUUAUUAUCAUUAUUUUUUGUUAUUUAAUGGUUCCAGUUAUAACGAUGUGUAAUCUUAUAAAGCGUUUGAUACGCGCGACAUUUUUGAGUACUCCUGCAAGCGAUGUUCAUGAACGAUGAAAACAAACACCACAGACAAGCGAUUAAAAUUGCAAGAGAGACUACUAACAAUCAAUAAGAGAAAUAUAAUUCGGUAAAACAUUUACCAAGACAACAAUUUUCAUCCACGAAGACAAGUAUUUUAGAGACACUUUAAAAAGUGUCUCUAAAAAUCCUGAGUGUUUAAGCUUAAAGCUUAAGCUUAAGUUUAUUUUGUUUUACUUUCAGCCGGCCUCCCGGUGUUUGUUUUUUUUUCAAAGAUGAACUCCUCGAAACAAGAAAAUCACUCAAAGUUUUCUUUCUACAGCAAAUUUAUAACUGAAUAUUCUACGGAACGUUUUUUUUUCUAUUUGCCGUGAGAAAAUAUAUCUGAAGGCCAUUUAAAGUUCUGUAAGCUUAUAUCAAACCUGAUACUAGAUCAGAUCAUUGACUCAAAUCUCAACAAACGUGCGAAAACUUGCCGCAUAAACUGUGCUCGACUUCAUGAAAUUAGAUAUAACAAAGACAAAUAUCAAAUACAAUAAUUAUUCAGGCUUACCAUUCGAGAUUCAGUUCCUGAAAGAUAUCAAGGAAGGCCAUAGUUGCUUGAGACUUUUAAACCCUCUUACGCAUUGAGCAAGGUGAAAGACGAAAACGAUGCCAUCCGAAAUCAGAUUACCCAAUUUUGACAAGCGACGCAUUUCUCAACCAAAAACCCAAUAAACAAACCAGCCAUGGAUAACAGAAGACCCUUGAUAGCAGCUGUAUUUCAUUUUGUACAUCAAGUAGGAAAAGAUUUAGACAGUUAAAAACAUCACAAGUUGACACCAAACUCUGUUACUUUUUGCUGUCAAAGUAAACAACUUUCAAGAUGCUGCAUAAAUUUUCCGCAUGAACUCACCUGUCACAUUUUGACCAAUCAGAGUACAAAAAUUGGACGUAGAGCGUGACCAACGCGUGACCAUGGUAAGAAAAGGUCUUCCCCGCCUUUAUUUUUAAAAAAGUGGCUGAAUUUUCGCGUCCGGGGUCAGUUUGAAAUCAAAAUCUUGACAGUGCGGGGCCAUAGCACAACAUAUUUCAUAUGAAUCAUUGGAAAAAAAAGACUUGAGCCUGCGAUCAUUUCAAACUGGUAAUUUGUCAGCGGAUAACUUCAAAAAAGUACUCGACCUCGAUGGGUCGACACUUGAGCCCGCGGUACAAUCAGGUGAUACUGGUCAGUGGAUAUCCUGUUUUGACAGCUGUCAAUUGAUCACAAUAUUGAUGUGCAAUUAGUUUUCUCUUGGGCUCCCAAACUAGCUAGAAAGUGUGAGAGUAAAAAUUGGUUUCCCUGUGGUGCGGACGGACGGUCGGGCGUACGGUCACGUGAUUACCAAAUUUUCUCGGAUGGGUAGAUUACCACAUUUCCUUAGCUAUAGGGCUCCGUCCACGCGCGCGCUUCGCGCGCGGGUGGAGCUCCGCUAUUGAUAACUUUACUGUAAAAUGAUAAGGCGAAAAGGCUGUUAUUUUUUAUAUUCGCUAACAAAGCUUCUGGAUGGUUUACCGCACAACCUGGAAAGCAAAUACGAAGAAAGCAGUAAUAUGCAGAUUUAACCAGGGCUAAAAGCGAGGCUCCCAUUAAUAAAUUUAUAAUGUAAAUGACACAAUAAACUUGUAUUCGACAAUAUUCAGUUAACUUUAGAGCACAUUCAUGUGACUUUUGAGGGAAAGGCUAGGUGAUUUUAGAGAAAAAUAAUUUGCAGACAUCUCAAAAGUGAACAAAAUCUUACAUCGAGUUGAUUGCCUCAUAUGUACACCCAAAAACUGGCAAUCAUCUUCGACAUCAUAUUUUAAAGCCAUAAUGACCCUUGAUCACCGUAGAUUAAUUAGGCCUGGAAAAAAAUCAGGCCGGGCUUUUUGCGUUCGACAAGUUUACUUUACAAAAUGUUGCCAAAAAAUCUGGGUACGUGUUAACCAACCUUUUAUUCCAGUCCAUUCAUACAUGACCUCUGAGGUGAAACAGUACUGUGAGGCACUGUUUUUAUCAUACAGACCUCGGACAGAAUGCAGUAUUUCACAAUUUUGCAAUACAAAUUGCACUCAUUUAAUAUUCAGGACCAUCGAAGCAUGCGUGGCCAUGGGCUUUUAGCUAAACCGUUAAAAAAAUUUCCAAAAUCACAAAUACGGCCAGACGGUUCUUUUGCAGUGCGAGAUGUGGUCGAGUGUUUGAAUGAACAUUAACAGAGUUACGCUCCAACAUAAUAAAGAAUUUAUUAUGUGUUAUUUUUUGUUUAAUGGUUUUAUUGAUGUGAAAUCUUCAAAAGCGUUUGAUAGGCGCGGCAUUUUGAGUACUCUUGCAAGCGAUGUUCACUGAACGACUGAAAACAAACGGCACAGCGAUUAAAAGUUACAAAAGAGACUACUAACAAUCAACAAAAGAAAUAUAAUUCGGUGAAACAUAUACAGAGACAACAAUUUUCAUUCACGAAGACAAGUAUUAAAGUGUCUCUAAAAAUCCUGAGUCUUCAAGCCUAGUAUUUUUAAGCUUAAGUUUAUGUUUUAAGCGGGUUUUCCUGAUGUUAAUGCUUUUUUUCAAAGAUGAACUCGGGGGCAAGAAAAUCGCUUAAGGCUUUCUUUUACAACCAAGAUUAUAACUAACUAUGCUUUGGAACGUUUUCUUUUUAUUUGCGGUGAGAAAAUGUCUAAAGGCUUUUUAAAGUUCUGUAAGCUUAUAUGAAACCUGAUACUCGGUCAGAUCAUUGUCUAAAAAAAAAAACAAAAUAAAAGUGGGUAAACUAAAUAGCCGCAUAAACUACGCUCGACUUCAUUAAAUUAGAUACAAAAACAAACAUCAAAUACAAUAAUUACUCAGGAUUACCAUUCGAGAUGCAGCUCCUGUCCUCCUGAAAGAUAUCAAGUAAAGCCAGUAUCGCUUCAGACUUUUCAACCCUCUUACGCAUCAAGCAAGGUAAAAAACGAAAACAGUGCCAUCCGAAAUUUGACAAAUGACGUAUUACUCAACCAAAAACCCAAUGAACAAACUAGCCAUGAACGGAAAGUUUGCUGCGUGAGGGUUGCUCUAGUCGCAGAUGGAAAUGCAAAGUUGUAUCGUUAUAUCAAGUUAAGCACUAGUUAACAGAGAAUUGACUUUACACCGUCUGCGCCAAUAUCAAAUAGAGGCUAAAAGUCAGUGAAAGUUAUCUUAGGGAGAAAGUGAACGUUAGCUCGGGGAAAAAUAUUUUUUUUUUCAGAUGUUUUUAGUAAUUUAACUACGAACCGGUGUGCGCCAUCAAUGUUAAUGUUCACGCAGAUCAUAACUAUGCGUGGCGUUUUUCUAGAAAUGAGUACGUAAUAUUCAUCAAUAGACCCCUUGGCGUUGAGACAAAUGCAAAAUUUCUCAUAGAGACAUGUAGCACUAGUGUGAAGGUCUCUAAUGUCUCUUUCUGUUUACUCAUAUUUCAUUCGGAAAGAAUCGAUCAUUGGAUAGGGAAUUAUUUUAUGGUCAACGAGGCACGUAUAGGCAAGUAUCCAACGCGAGCUCUCGCGGAAUAAUUGCUGAUUAUUGUGUAUUAAAUUCAAUGCAACAUCAAAAGGAUAUAUAAUGAUAGCAUCAUUAUUGCCACUUCUUUCUGGUCAAGAAUAAUAUUUGCAUUUUCUUUAUUUUAGGUACCAUCUGAGAGAACUUGAAGGGGCCACGUCAUGAGGAUAUUGCUGUUCUAGGUCAAUUUCUGUGCUUAACUAUAAGAAAAUAUCGUAACAUAAACGCUGGCUUUAAAACCAAUACUCGGGGGCCAGACUAGGGGAGCUGAUUCAAGCUAACUAAAGAUGUUUAAUUAAACCAUGUUUUAAAAAAUUAAAACGGACACGACUGAAAAACAGGAACACAUGUCUUUUUUUUUUACACGGGAUGCGGUCAGUAGUAAAAUUCAACGCGUUUUGUAAUUUGCAAUAACGUUUCCAUCAACAUAAGGUGUUUUAUGAAGGAAAAAAUCUUUAUACCGUGUUUGACUAAACAGCUUUAAUUUUAAACAUAGACCGAUCAAUAUGAAAAACUUUGAAAAUAAAAUCGAGGAAACAAAGCAAUCAAUUGUUUCUAAAACUUAGCUUUAUCUGGUAAGCUAUCUUUCCCUUAACUUUUUUUUUUAAUGAAAAAACAAAGGUUGGUUUUCAGUUGAGGUCUUAAUAAAAGGAUUUUUCUUUUUAAUUUGGUGGAUCUUACUUUAAGCAAACGUCUUUUUCAAAUGCAUAGGAUAGGAUGUAAAUAGCGCGUUUUCAAACGGGAAGACGAAGUUGCAUCCUUACAGAAAGUUGGCAGUUAAUACAAAUUUGACUUUACACCAUUUGCUUCAUUAACAAAUAGAGGCGAAAGUUAAAUGUUUAUUUAACAAUUAGUUCGUGCGUCAGCGUGCGUAUGUCAAGAUAUCACUGAGGCAUACGGGAAGUUUGGGGCGUGAGAGUUGCUCUAGUCGCAAAUGGAAAGGCAAAGCUGUAUCGUUAUAUCAAGUUAUACGAACUAGUUACAGAAUUGACGAAUUACACCGUCUAGCACUGAUAGACCAGAGGCACUGGACAGAUACAUCAAUAUCAAAUAGAGGCAAAAUUCAGUGAAAGUUAGCUUAGGGAGAAAGUGGAACUUAGCUCAGCUCAGGGAAUAAACAAAUUUUCAGACGUUUUUAGUAAAUUUACUACGAACAGGUGUGCCACCAUAAAUGUUAAUGGUCACGCCGAUCAUAACUAUAUAUUAGUAACCUUUUCUUGAAAUGAAUAUUCAUCAAUAGGUCCGUUAAUGUGCCGUUGACGCAAAUGCAAACGUUUUGAUAUUGAUAUGUGGCACUAAUGUGGAAGUCUCUAAUGUCUCAUUCGGUUUAUUCAUAUUCUCAUAUUUUAUUCGAAAAGAAUCGGUCAUUGAUAUUUUAUGGGUGUUUUUAAUAAAACAAUCAUUCCACUCCCGCGUCCUGGAUAUGGGAUAUUUUGUAUUGGCCAACGAGACAUCACUACAGGCAAGUAUCCAACGCGCGCUCUCGUGGAAUAAUUGUUGACUAUUGAGUAUUCAAUUCAAUGCAACAUAAAAUGGAUCUGUAAUGAUAGCAUGAUUAUUGCCACUUCCUUUUGGUCAGGAAUAAUAUUUGCAUUUUCCUUAUUUUAGGUACCAUCUGAGAGAGCUUGAAGGGGCUACGUCAUGAGGAUAUUGCUGUUCUAGGUCAAUUUCUGUGCUUAACUAUAAGAAAAUAUCAUGACAUAAAUCCCGGCUUUAAAACCAAUCCUGAGGGGCCAGGCUAGGGGAGCCCUCAGGCAGAACAAUCGUGAAGCGAAGUAGUUGAAAAUGAAUAAAACGAGACCGAGAAUGUUUACCAUUGUAUAAAAACCAUGUUGCUGUUCACAAGGAAAUGGGCAGCCUCUAUCAACGCCUAUUGGAAGAAUUUAUUCAACAUUCUGAUAUGGAUCUAGCUAUUGAAUUUAGAUUGACAGUUAGAUUAAACUAUUAUAGCUUUACUUACAUAAUAAUUGGCAGAAUAUAAAGGACAAAGAACCGCCAGAAAGUGUUUUCAGGCGAAAAGACCUGCCGAAGAACCAGUAAGCAUAAACACAACAGCAAAUGGAUUCGAGCUGCUCCAGGCUGAUAAAUCCAGAG